AUGAGUGCAGCAGCACGUGGUACAGCUGUCAGUUUACCAUCGAAAACUAAACCAGAACAGAGAAAAUUAGCAUUAGUGAUCGGUAUUAGUCAGUAUGCAGAGGACGAAUUAAAAAAUCCAGAAAAUGAUGCAAAUGACAUUACAACGGCAUUAGAAAAAGUAACAAAAGGUCUAAAUUUAAAAUGUGAGGAAAUGGAUAUGUUAAAAUAA